CCCCCCUCCAAGCCAUGCAGCAGCGGCGACUUUAACAAAACUCAUUCCCCACCAACACCACUCUCCCUCUUCACAAUGUCCAAAUUCGGUGUGCUGGUCAUGGGCCCCGCGGGCGCCGGCAAGACCACCUUCUGCAGCUCUCUCAUCACGCACCUCCACCACAACCGCCGGUCCUCCUUCUACAUCAACCUGGACCCCGCCGCGGAGACCUUCGACCACGAGCCCGACCUGGACAUCAAAGACCUGAUCUCCCUCUCCGACGUGAUGGAGGAAAUGGGGCUGGGGCCCAACGGGGGUCUAAUCUACUGUUUCGAGUUCCUCCUCGAGAACCUCGAUUUCAUCACCGAAGCUAUCGAUCCGCUGUCCGAGGAGUACCUUAUUGUAAUCGAUAUGCCGGGCCAGAUCGAGCUAUACACGCAUGUCCCUGUGCUGCCGGCGCUGGUGAAGCAUCUCACGAUGCAGGGGGGGUUGAGUGUUAAUCUCGCGGCGGCAUAUUUGCUCGAGGCAACAUUUGUAGUUGAUCGGGCGAAGUUUUUUGCGGGGACACUGUCGGCGAUGUCAGCGAUGAUUAUGCUAGAAGUCCCCCACGUUAACAUCCUCUCCAAAAUGGACCUAGUAAAAGGACAAGUCGGCAAGCGGGAGCUCAAGCGCUUCCUCGACCCCGACGCAUCACUCCUAGACGACGACCCCUCUGACCUUGGCGGUGGAGAGGAGCCGGGCGUGGGUGAUCCGCUAGAGAACGGGAGUAUGAUGCGCGGGGAGAGUUUCCGGCGCUUGAAUCGCGCGGUGGCGGGGUUGAUUGAGAGUUUUAGCAUGGUGUCGUAUUUGAGGCUUGAUGUGCAGGAUGAGGAUAGUGUGGGGGCUAUCUUGAGUUAUCUCGAUGAUGCGAUUCAGUAUCAUGAGGCGCAGGAGCCGAGGGAGACGGGCGAUUUGGCGGAGAUCGAGUAUGAGGAUGGGGAUGUGGGGGAGUAGGGUGUUGGAGGUCUAGGGGAGGGGGGUGCUGGUUGGGUGGAUUAUGCAUUUGUUUGGAGUUUUGGGGGUAUAAAGUGGGAUGGGUUCGCAUAGCGGGGGCGUUAUAUUGGUGCCCAUCUGAGAGCUGUUUGGGAUUUUUUGUAGAACAAGUAUAUUCGGCUUGAAAAUGAAUACUUGUACAAGUGUUGAGAUAAGACUGGGAAAAUUCAUGACGACAACACCAGGGAUCCAGCUCAACAUCACCCCACGAAGUCACAACAUACAAGUCAUAUCAUACCAGUAAAACAAAUAUAAUUACCCAGCCACCCACUCAUCCCCCAGCGCACAGCUAGAGCGACAGCCA